UUCACUAUUCCGUUUAUGUAUUUUUUUAUAAUCAUACAACAUACGUAAUACGUCAAACAAAUAUGGCAGCAAAGAAUUUACAUGACAAAAAGUGCGAUUUCAAUCAAAAUUUGAUCGAACCGUCUCGUCCGUUCGAACAGUGCAACAUGAUAAAUAAAUUGGCAAAAGAUAGCAAUAUUGAAAUCGUGGAAUGUAAUCCAUUGGAUUUACUGGCCGUCGACGUAAAAUAUGAUAGCAAUCUGGAGUCAGUAAUGUGCAAAUAUUCGGAACAAAUCGAACCUGAGAAAGACGCUACAAACAAAUAUGGAUCAAUCGCAACAACUUACGAAGACAUAAUGUCCUUCCUGGGAACGCUAGAAAAUGAAGAUACGCUAGAAAAUGAUAUCACUGCCAAUAAUGCAACAAUUAUAGUCUCAUCUUGCCAAAAUCCUAGUAGAUAUGAUGUACAGAAUUUUGGUUCGAUUCAACGGAAUGAUUUAGAAACUGCGAAAUUACAAAUCGAGGAAAGAAAUGCGACAAUAGAGUGUUUGAAAGGACAUCUAAAAUCCGAGCGCAAGGCAGCGUGUGACAAAAUGACAUCGCAGAAACGUCAUCACAUUAUCAAGAUGAAGGAGUUGGAGAAUAAGUACAGAACGAUCGUGAAACGCCAUCAAAAGUUUAUCGAACAGCUACUCGCUGAGAAGACAGAUCUUACGCAGAAAUGUGACUCUCUGGCGCAACAAAUUAAAGAGAUGGAACAAAAGAUCCAACGAGAUCUGAAAGUAAUUACCGAGAGACACGCUGUUGAGUUGCAACGUGCAAAAGAACACAUAGCAGCAUCCGAGAAAAUCCGGCGCGAAAAAUGGUUGGAGGUGAAAACAUCGAAAAUCAAGGAAAUGACAGUAAAAGGGUUGGAACCAGAAUUGAACAAUAUGAUGGAACAACAUCAACAAGAGAUACAAGAAUUAAGACGUGCGCAUAUAAAGGAGUUACAAGAUACGGAAUUGCGCGCGAUGCGUAGGUCGAAUCAACAGCUGGAGCAAUUGCGAAUCGAGUUGACGGACAGCCACGAGAAAAUGUUGGCUAAAGAGAAGAACAUAUUGGCCACAAGGUAUAAAGAAAAUCUGGAAGAGCAAGAAGCGCACUUUCAGAUACAACAGAAAACAUUCACAGAGCAUUUCGAAGAAGAGAAAUCGAUGCUCAUUGCAGAGCAAAAGAAACGUGAUCGGGAAACAAGCGAGAUGAUACAACGAACGGAAUUGCAUUUUCAAAAAGAAACGGAAAAAUUAAAAGAACAACACGAAAUUGCUAAGAGGAAUUUCGAGGAAACUUUGAGAAAAGAAUGGCUCGCGUGGGCGGAUAAUUAUAAAAAAGAACAAAGCGUGAUUGUCACAAGAGCGCAGGCUGCAAUUCGUAACGAUUGUCAAAAGGAAAGAGACAAGCAAAUAGAAAUCGUUAUAGUUAGAUUGGAAAAAGAAUCUCGUGAAAUGCGAGCCAAGUUGCAGCAAAGUUUUGAUAAUAAAUUGGAGUUAAUGAAUGAAGAUUAUGACGCAAAAUUGCAAGCUGCAAUUAAAAGCGAGGACAUUUAUAAAAAUAAGUUAUUAUUAUUGGAAGAAAGACUCAAAUGUACAGAAAUUCAGUUUAAAAAAACAGAAAAUAAAUUAAAAGAAUGCAUAUUGAAUCUCAAUAAUACGAAUAAAAUAAUCGUAAAGUUAACUGCAGAGAGAGACGAUGCAAAGGAGACAGCAAGACUGGAAAUUGAAACAGAGAAAAAAGAGUUAAAAGAUAAAAUCGCAUCGCUUUAUCAAGAAAUAAGACAAAAUAAUGUUAACAGAGAUCAACUUAUGGCACAAUUACAUAGCAGGAUAAAAUUUGUAAUUACUCAAAAGGUUUUAAUCAUAAAGAAUCUCAAUAAAAAACUGGAUGACGUUAAUUCAAGAUGUGAACAUUUGGAAAAAUUACUGGAUCAACAAAGGAAGGAAUAUAUUUUGAAAACUUUGUAA